AUGGAAACGCGCAGUACGCCUCUCGAAAAUCGACCGCGACUUCCCCGCAUAGCCCUAAGCAAGCGGAAUCGGGCUGUCGUGAGGGCUCUGAACCCAAUGCUGGUGACCUAUUUGGAAGCCAGCCGGGACCUUUGCGAGACGGACUCAAUUCUCUUUGGCGCCGCACUGGCAGUCUGCCGUAUUAUAGGCGCCAAACUUUCCACGGCUGGACGCACUACUGGACAAAGUAGUGCUAUCCCAGCCUGGAGAACAAGAAUUGAAGAACGUAUCGCAAAGGCUAGGGCCCUCAUCGGCAGACUGAUAUGCUUCAGGUCAGGCAAUACCAGGCCAAGGAUUGUGCGCACCGUCAGGAUGGCGUUUGCUGGGACAAAUGUUAGUUUGUCCCAGCCGGAUAUAAUGCAAAAACUGACGGAGCGCAUAGACGACCUGAAGCAGGGAAUCGCUGCUUGGGGAAAGCGAAUUCGGCGAUAUACCGAGAGGUCGACACGGUUCAACCAGAAUCGUCUCUUCCAGAGUGAUCAGAAGAGGCUCUAUAAAUCAUUGGAGCGACCAAUGGUAAGUGGAACGGGCCCAGUACCGAAUCAGGCCGACACGGUCGCGUUCUGGCGCAGCCUGUGGUCAGAGCCCGUAAACCACAACGAGGGCCCUUGGACGGAAGUUGUGGCGAGUCAGUGUGCGGGUAUUACGCCCAUGGACCCCGUCACCAUAACGCCGGAUGACGUAGCUGAGGCGGUCCGUAGGGCCCCGAACUGGAAAAGUCCGGGACUCGACGGGCUGCAUCACUACUGGCUGAAGGGGUUCGUGAAGGAUUAA